CAAGCUGUGUCUGCGCAGGCGCGGUGCGCUCUCCACGCGCGACGCUAUGCCGAGCCGGCACGUCCUGCGUGUCCGGGCCUUAUACCGGCGCAUCUUGGCGCUGCACCGCGUUCUGCCCCCGGACCUCAAAGCCCUUGGCGACCAGUACGUGAAGGACGAAUUUAGGAGACAUAAGACCGUUGCUUCUGACGAGGCCCAGCGUUUCUUGCAGGAAUGGGAGGUAUAUGCAGCAAUGCUGUGGCAACAAGCUAAUGAAAACAGACAAAAUUCAACUGAAAAAGCCUGUUUUGGAACCACCCUUCCAGAAGAAAAACUUAAUGACUUUCGUGAUGAACAAAUUGGACAGUUGCAGGAGCUGAUGCUAGAAGCCACUAAACCUAGUAGGCAAUUUAGUAUUACUGAGUCUACGAAAAAAGAAGUUUAGUGUAUUACAGUAAACCUAAAGAAAGCAUUUAAAGCUCAGAACCCCUUUAUCUGUUUCUAAGGUUUAUUUCUUUGUUUUCUUAGGCUUUGGAAUGCCUGAUAUUAAUUUUUUCUUUUAUUUGGGAAUGUUCUCUGCAGUAUAUGGAUCAGGAUCACUAGUAGACAAAACUUUACUGCAGUACUACCUGCUGCAUGGGAUUUAACUUUUGGAUUAAACCAAGAAUGCCUACAAAAUGGGCAAAGUUUGUCUUUAAUACUAUUAUUAGGCUCCUGGCUUUACUUUCAUUAAGUAACUAUCAUGAAUAAAAUAGAUGUUGAAUUCCAGCAAGGUUUAUUAUUUAGGUUAUUAAAUACUUUGUCAUCCUGAAGGUUUUCCCUCAUUUUUGAAUGUCCCUUCUUCUCCAGUCAUUGUGUAUUUAAAAUGAUGAAACUAAGAUUCAGUAUACUGUCCUAUUUAUGAUAUAUAUAAGCAGUAAUAAAUUUCUGCAGUGUUUCGCACAAAUGACCCUUUAAAUAGUUACCUUGAGUCUCAUUUAUUGCCUAAUGGAAUUGGGAAAGCUUUCAUAAAAUGUUUAUGAUUUGUAUCUUUAGGUAUGUAUUUACUCUGAGAUUCUUAAGUCAUCAUUUUUCAGAUGCAGCUGCAUUUGUGUCUACUCUUUAAAAACUGAUUCCUGUUUAUUCUAGUUUGCUAUUUCAUGCUUUCUCUAUGUGUAUGGCUACCAGGCCCCUCAGUCCUUCCCUUCCCCCUGGAGUUAAUCUUUAGAUUGAUCAUUUAGUCUUUUUCUCACUGAAAGAUAAGCAAUUGGUCCAUUAAUAAUUAAUCUAGUCUUUAUAUCGGGCUGUAGGAAUACAGCAGUGAAUAAGAAAAAAGCUCUUGCUGAACAUGAAGUUUAGAAUCUAACAGUGCAUUCAGGAAUCAUGUUGCAUUGUUAGCAAAUUAUUGAAAUAAUUUUAUAAAUGCUCUAACACUGCUUCUUUGUGGAGUUAUUUUACAAGCCAGUAAAACGUAUAACUCCUGAAUAUUGUACCUUUUAGUCCACCACUAAGCUACCCUCACUUAAAUAAAUCUUAAAAAAAAAAAAGUUCUUAUUUAUGAAUAGAAGAACUGGGUUGUAGACCAAAGGUGCCGCAGGGCUGUAGGGUGGGGGUGAGAGGAUUCACCAGAGACAGAGUGGGGAGAACAGGCUGAUUUACUGACAUAAAGUACGAGGGGAGCAGCAGGCCAGACAGGAGAAGUUUGCCACAUGAUAACGUGGGUUAGCUCCCUGGCAGGGGAUCAAACUCAGGCUGCAGAGGUGCUAGCAUUGAGAAUUAAACCCUAUGCCACCAGGGAGGCCCUUAAGAACUUUACUGUUAGUAGAGAACUAGAAACAACCUGGUGCCCAUCAACAGAUGAUUGGAUAAAGAUAUGCUACAUAUACACAAUGGAACACUACUCACUUAUAAAAAUAAAUAUUUUUCCUCAAAAAAAAAAAAAA